GAAAUCACCGGCGCCAACCCCACGCGCGCCCGCGUAUAAGUGCCGCGCACCACCACGCCUGCCAUUCCCCAGCCCGCCAGCCCACUCACCCCUCCCCCUCUCUUUUCCAGCUCCCGCUCUCAUCAUCGCGGCCCGAGGCUAGGCGCCCCGCGCGCAUGGCAGUGGCACUCGCCGCGCGCCACCAACUGCCGCACUGACGCCGCCGCGCAAGCGCAGGGCUCGUUCGACCGCGCGGAGUAAACCUAGGUGAGCGAUCGGGCUUGGGGCGCGAUGGAGAAGGUGUGGGACUCGGGGCGGCGGAUGAGCCGGAGCAUCGGGCGGGGGAUGGGGGUGGAGACGUGGGGCGUCGACGAGGCCUUCCUGCAGGGCGGCGGCGGCGGCGGGAGCAGGCGCGGCAGCCGGGGCCGCGCCGACGACGACGAGGAGGCGCUGCGGUGGGCGGCCAUCGAGCGCCUCCCCACCUACAGCCGCAUGAGGACGUCCAUCCUCCAGGCCGAGGCGGCCGCCGCGGCCGCCGCCUCGCCAACUGACGGGGCGGCAGAAGGCAAGCAGCAGUACAAGGAGGUGGACGUGCGGAAGCUGGCGGUGGGCGAGCGGCAGGAGUUCAUCGAGCGCGUCUUCCGCGUCGCCGAGGAGGACAACCAGCGCUUCCUCCGCAAGCUGCGCGACCGCAUCGACAGGGUGGGCAUCGAGCUCCCGACGGUGGAGGUGCGGUUCGAGCGGCUGACGGUGCAGGCGCGGUGCCACGUGGGCAGCCGCGCGCUGCCGACGCUGCUCAACGCGGCGCGCAACAUCGCGGAGGGCGCCCUGGGGCUCCUCGGGGUGCGGCUGGGCCGGCAGGCGACACUCACCAUCCUCAAGGACAUCUCGGGCGCCGUCCGGCCCUCGAGGAUGACGCUGCUGCUGGGCCCGCCGUCGUCGGGGAAGACGACCCUGCUGCUGGCCCUGGCCGGCAAGCUGGACCCGUCUCUGGCGCGCGGCGGCGAGGUGGCCUACAACGGGUUCCCGCUGGACGAGUUCGUGCCGCAGAAGACGGCGGCGUACAUCAGCCAGACGGACGUGCACGUCGGCGAGAUGACCGUCAAGGAGACGCUCGACUUCUCGGCCAGGUGCCAGGGCGUCGGCACCAAGUACGAUCUCCUGACCGAGCUGGCGAGGAGGGAGAAGGAGGCCGGCAUCCGGCCGGAGCCGGAGGUUGACCUUUUUAUGAAGGCCACUUCGAUGGAGGGAGUGGAGAGCAGCCUCCAGACGGACUACACCCUCAGGAUACUGGGGCUGGACAUAUGCGCGGACACCAUCGUCGGCGACCAGAUGCAGAGGGGCAUAUCCGGCGGCCAGAAGAAGCGCGUCACCACCGGAGAGAUGAUUGUCGGUCCGACAAAGGUGCUAUUCAUGGAUGAGAUAUCGACUGGGUUAGACAGCUCCACCACCUUUCAGAUUGUCAAAUGUCUGCAGCAGAUUGUGCACUUGGGCGAGGCCACCAUCCUCAUGUCCCUCCUCCAGCCAGCCCCUGAGACCUUUGAACUCUUUGAUGACAUCAUCCUACUGUCAGAAGGCCAGAUUGUUUAUCAGGGACCCCGUGAUUGUGUCCUUGAAUUCUUUGAGUCCUGUGGCUUUCGCUGCCCAGAGCGCAAGGGCACUGCAGACUUUCUUCAAGAGGUGACAUCAAAGAAGGAUCAGGAGCAGUACUGGGCUGACAAGCAGAGACCGUACCGAUAUGUUUCAGUCUCAGAAUUUGCGCAGACGUUUAAACGGUUUCAUGUUGGACUACAACUCGAGAACCAUCUCUCAGUGCCAUUUGACAAGAGCCGCAGCCAUCAGGCUGCCCUGGUAUUCUCCAAGCACUCGGUAUCAACUCGAGAGCUCCUCAAGGCAUCCUUUGACAAGGAGUGGCUCCUCAUAAAGCGCAACUCAUUUGUAUACAUCUUCAAGACCAUACAGCUCAUUAUUGUAGCCCUUAUCGCGUCAACAGUCUUUCUAAGGACUCAGAUGCACACAAGGAAUCUGGAUGAUGGUUUUGUCUACGUGGGAGCACUGCUUUUUACUCUGAUUGUGAACAUGUUCAAUGGUUUUGCCGAGCUCCCUUUGACCAUCACAAGGUUGCCGGUGUUCUUCAAGCACCGGGACCUCCUCUUCUACCCUGCUUGGAUAUUCACACUACCGAAUGUCGUUCUCAGAAUCCCAUUUUCAAUGAUCGAAUCCAUAGUAUGGGUGGUUGUCACAUACUACACUAUGGGAUUUGCCCCAGAAGCUGACAGAUUCUUCAAGCAGUUGCUCCUUGUGUUCUUGAUCCAGCAGAUGGCUGGUGGGCUUUUCAGAGCAAUUGCUGGCCUUUGUAGAUCCAUGAUCAUUGCUCAAACCGGAGGAGCCCUGUUCCUUCUCAUCUUCUUUGUCCUUGGAGGAUUUCUUCUGCCAAAAGACUUCAUCCCAAAAUGGUGGAUCUGGGGCUAUUGGAUUUCACCGCUGGUGUAUGGAUAUAAUGCUCUAGCAGUGAAUGAAUUCUAUUCUCCUCGGUGGAUGGACAAGUUUGUAAUGGACAAGAAUGGUGUUCCUAAAAGACUAGGUAUGGCUAUGCUUGAAGGCGCCAACAUUUUUACUGACAAAAACUGGUUCUGGAUUGGAGCAGCAGGGCUGUUAGGUUUCACAAUCUUCUUCAAUGUGCUCUUUACUUUGUGCCUCACGUAUCUGGAUCCCUUGGGCAAACCACAAGCUGUUAUAUCUGAAGAAACUGCAAAGGAAGCAGAAGACAAUGGGCUUCCGAGAGAGACAGUAAGCAAUGGCAGCACAAGAAGAAAUGGCAGCAUGAAAUCGAAGGAUGGGUCCAAUAACAAGGAAAUGAGAGAGAUGAGACUGAGUGCUCGUUUGAGCAAUAGUUCAUCAAAUGGAAUUUCUAAUGGGAUUUCACGAGUCAUGUCCGUUGGCAGCAAUGAAGCUGCUCCAAGAAGAGGAAUGGUUCUUCCAUUCUCCCCUCUAUCUAUGUGUUUUGAUGAUGUGAACUACUAUGUCGACAUGCCUGCAGAAAUGAAACAGCAAGGAGUGACUGAUGAUAGGCUCCAAUUGUUACGUGAUGUUACUGGAUCAUUUAGACCUGGAGUGCUAACAGCACUCAUGGGAGUCAGUGGAGCAGGAAAGACCACUCUUAUGGAUGUUUUAGCUGGAAGAAAGACUGGUGGUUACAUUGAAGGAGAUAUCAGAAUUUCUGGUUAUCCGAAGAACCAAGCAACAUUUGCAAGGAUUUCUGGCUAUUGUGAGCAAAAUGAUAUCCAUUCACCUCAGGUCACGAUUAGGGAAUCUCUGAUAUACUCCGCCUUCCUGCGUCUUCCUGAAAAGAUCGGAGAUCAAGAUAUCACUGAUGAAAUCAAGAUUCAAUUUGUUGAUGAAGUUAUGGAGUUAGUGGAGCUCGACAAUCUGAAGGAUGCUUUAGUUGGACUGCCAGGAAUUUCAGGUCUUUCAACAGAGCAAAGAAAGAGGUUAACAAUAGCUGUGGAGCUUGUCGCAAAUCCAUCGAUCAUCUUCAUGGAUGAACCGACAUCAGGUCUUGAUGCAAGAGCAGCAGCAAUUGUCAUGAGAACAGUGAGGAACACUGUUGACACUGGACGGACAGUGGUUUGCACAAUCCACCAGCCAAGCAUUGACAUCUUUGAAGCUUUUGAUGAGUUACUAUUACUGAAAAGAGGAGGCCAGGUAAUAUACUCUGGGAAACUGGGUCGCAACUCACAGAAAAUGACUGAAUACUUCGAGGCGAUUCCUGGAGUGCCUAAAAUCAAAGAUAAGUACAACCCUGCAACGUGGAUGCUUGAGGUCAGUUCAGUUGCUGCAGAAGUACGCCUGAGUAUGGAUUUUGCUGACUACUACAGGACUUCAGAUCUGUACAAGCAAAACAAGGUAUUGGUGAGCCAGCUAAGUCGACCAGAACCAGGAACAUCAGAUCUGUAUUUUCCUACAGAAUACUCGCAAUCCAUUAUAGGGCAGUUCAAAGCCUGCCUCUGGAAGCAUUGGCUGACCUAUUGGCGCAGCCCAGAUUACAACCUUGUCAGAUUUUCCUUCACUUUGUUCACAGCCUUGCUGCUGGGCUCCAUCUUUUGGAAGAUUGGCACCAAUAUGGGGGAUGCCAAUACUCUUAGAAUGGUCAUUGGAGCAAUGUACACAGCAGUGAUGUUUGUCGGCAUCAACAACUGUGCAACCGUUCAACCAAUUGUUUCAAUCGAGAGAACAGUUUUCUACCGAGAGAGGGCUGCUGGGAUGUACUCUGCACUGCCAUAUGCCAUUGCUCAGGUUGUCAUGGAGAUACCUUAUGUCUUCGUCCAAACCUCGUAUUACACCCUCAUCGUAUACGCCAUGAUGAGCUUCCAGUGGACAGCUGUCAAGUUCUUCUGGUUCUUCUUCGUCUCCUACUUUUCCUUCCUCUACUUCACCUACUACGGGAUGAUGACUGUAUCAAUCUCACCAAACCAUGAGGUUGCAGGCAUCUUCGCCGCAGCUUUCUAUUCCCUAUUCAACCUUUUCUCUGGCUUCUUCAUCCCAAGACCGAAAAUCCCCAAAUGGUGGAUCUGGUACUACUGGAUUUGCCCAUUGGCAUGGACAGUGUAUGGGCUCAUAGUGACACAAUAUGGAGACAUGGAAGACAUCAUCACCGUCCCAGGCCAAUCUAACCAGACAAUCAGCUACUACAUAACACAUCAUUUUGGAUACCACAGGAGCUUCAUGGCGGUCGUUGCACCGGUGCUUGUGCUCUUUGCAGUGUUCUUCGCUUUCAUGUAUGCUCUCUGCCUCAAGAAGUUGAACUUUCAAACACGGUAGGAGCGGAAAGCCAACAGACAAGAUCUCGCAGGCAAUAUGGUCGAUUUUUCUUGAUCCAACUCUUCUUUUGUCCUUCCAUUUUUGGGUCUAUUUAUGUGCCAGUGUAAAUACAGGUGUAGUUUUUUGGAUUCCUUACAUAGUCAAAUACGAUGAGGGUGCACCAGCCUUUCAGGCUUGGAAGUGUAUUGCAUUGCAAAUUUGCAAGACUGCGAUGAGCAGAAUUUGUUCAUGGCCUAUAAAUACAUUGGAGUUUUUUCUUUCA